AUGGUAUAUCGCGGGAAGCCUUCUAAAUCAUGCCAGCAGUGCCGCAAACGAAAUAUCAAAUGCGAUAAAAAGGAAGCCGGCUGCUCCCAAUGUGCCCGCGCAUGUUUAACGUGCUCAGGUUAUCAAAAGCCAACGGAUAUAGUCAUACUAAAUGAGACCUCUACCACGGCUGAAAAGGUACUGAGGAAGCGAUCUUCAGAUCGACCAGUUUCUGCAGGGCCUCUAUCAACAAACCUCCUUCCAACUGUAUUGCAACGCGCGAAGCACCUGUAUAUCUCGCAAUAUGUCCAGGACACACCUGCAACGGGCAUAUACUCGUAUAUGCAGGUCUUUUACCCAUCCAAAUCAGACGACUAUCCUCUUCUCGAAACCAUGAUUAAUGCGCUUUUCAUGGCCACAUUCUCAUGGUUGCAGGGAUAUCCCCCAGCUCUCUAUUAUGCUCGAAACAGCUAUGGAUCAGCUUUGUCUCUGACUCGAAAGGCGAUCCAGUCACGAAAAGAGGCUUUGUUGGAUAGGACUCUAUUCUCGGUGUUGCUCAUGAGUAUAUUUGAACGCCUCGCCGACGUAGAACAACGAGGGUCAUGUAUUCGCAACGGACAUCUAAAAGGUGCCAUUGAGCUGAUGGCCUUGAGGGGCGAUGGCCAAUUUACAGACGAUGGGGGCGCUAAGAUGUUUUUGCAUCUAACCGAGCUUGUUGUUCUUGAUUGCCUUGCCAAUGAAGUUGAUAUUCCACUUCAAUUCUUGGCAUUGCGACAGCAAGCUCUUGAAGCCGGUGCAGAUACAUCGUCACCAAGGUGGAGAUUCUUGGAAAUCAUGGUACGGUAUGCGCAGCUGGAGUACACCGCGAGAUCGUCCAUUUCCGCGGAAGACAUAAUCCAUAAAGCCAAAGUACUUGACGAAGAUCUUGAUCGAUUGUCCAGUUAUUUGCCUUCUUUCCUUUCGAGAAGACAGAUCCCCGAACCACCAAGCAUUCCGUCAACCAAGCCGGAUAUAUAUCCUGACUAUAAUACACAGAGAUGCUGGAACAACAUCCGUGUUCUCCGAGUUCAGCUAAUGAAAAUUAUACGCGAGCAAUGUGCUCGGGUGUUGGGACAUUCGGCCAAUGAUACCUGGGCCAUGGCCGAACUUCAUGAGUCUAACCGCCGAGUGCAUUCCCUUGCUACAGAUAUAUGCCUCUCCAUACCUGGUACGGGGGCUAACAGCAGGCUUCCUUAUGAGGUCUCCAAUAUCCAAUCAGCAACUCUCUUGUUUCAUCUAUAUGUGGCCAAAGAGCUUCUUCCAAAUCCAGCUCAAUUGAGGCUAUCUAUUCAUGAGCGAUUACAAUUCGUGAAAGAGAAGCAGGCUCCUUCACAGCAUAAGACACUGAAACACUUGCUACAUGAUGGUUAUCAAAAGCCGCGAAACACAUGGGAGAUGUGGCUUUCAAUCGGGAGAGAGGAUUUUUCUAUUUGA